AUGGGGCGCAGCAUCCCCUGCUCCAGCUGCUGCUGCUGCUGCCGGUUGCUGCUGCUGCUGCUGCUGCUGCUGCUGGCAACCUGUGCAGCAGCAGCAACUGCUGUUGCUGCUGCAGCACCACCAACAGCUGCUGCAGCAGCAGAAACAGCAGCAGCAAGACCAGCAGCAACAACCCGUCCUGCAGCAGCAGCAGCAGCAAAAACAACAUCAGCAGCAACCCCAACACCAGCAGCAGCAGUGGCUAAACCGACAGCAGCAGCAGCAGCAGCAGCACCUAGACCGGCAGCAGCAGCAGCGGCAGCAGCAGCAGCAGCUAAAAAAGCAGCAACCCCGAGAAGUCCAGCAGCAGCACCAGCAGUAGCAGCACCAGCAGCGCACCAGCAGCAGCAGCACCAGCAGCAGCAGCAGCAGCAGCAGCAGCAGCACCAGCAGCAGCAGCAGCAACUAAGCCAGCAGCAGCAGCAGCAGCAGCUAAACCAGCAGCAGCCCCGCGAAAACCAGCAGCAGCACCAGCAGCAGCACCAGCAGCUAAACCAGAAGCAGCAGCAGCAGCAGCAGCAGCACCUUCAACAGCAGCAAAGCCAGCAGAAAGACCACCAACAACUGCAACACCUGCACAUGCAGCAGCAAGGAGAGCAGCAGCAGCAGCGCCAGAAGCAAGAACAGCAGCAGCAGCAGCAGCAGCAGCAGCUAAAUCAGCAGCAACAGCUCAAGACAGAACUGCAGCACCAGCAGCAGCAGCACCAGCAGCAGCAGCACCAGCAGCAGCAGCACCAGCAGCAGCAGCAAGAAGAGCAGCAACAGCAGCAGCAGCACGAGCGGCACCAGCACCAGCAGCAGCAGCAGCUGCUCCAGCUGCACCUAUUCCAGCAGGUGCUGCAGCAAGAGCAGCCCCGGCUGCUGCCGCAACAGCAGCACAACAUGCAGCAGCAGCAGCAGCAGCAGAAGCAGCAGCAACAGCAGCAGCAGCAGAAGCGGCGAAGACACCGCAGCAGAAAGCUGCAGCGCCAGCACGCCACGCAGCAGCAGCAGCACCAGCAGCAACAGCAACAAAAACAGCAGCAGCAGCAACAGCAGCAAGAAGAGCAGCAGCAGCAGCAGCACCGUCUUCAGCAGCAGCAGCAACAACAGCGACAAAAACAAACACAAACGCAGCAGCACCUGCACGUAAAGCAGCAGCAGCAGCAGCACCAGCAGCAGCAGCAGCAGCAGCAACAGCACCAGCAGCAGCAGCAGCAGCAGCAGCAACAGCAACGAAAGCAGCAGCAGCAGGGCCGACAAAAGCAGCAACAGCAGCAGCAGAAAAAGCAGCAGCAGCAGCAACGCCAGCAAGAGCAGCAGCAGCAACAAACACAAAAACAGCAACAGCAACAGCAGCAGCAGCAGCAGCAAAAUCAGCAGCAACAGCGCCUACAAAACCACCAGCAGCAGCAACAACAAGUACAACAAAAGCAGCAGCAGCAGCAACAGCAGCAGCAGCAGCAGCAGCAACAACAAAACCAGCAGCAGUACCACCAAAAGGAGCAGCAACAGCAAGAGCAGCAGCAGCAACAAACACAAAAACAGCAACAGCAACAGCAGCAGCAGCAGCAGCAAAAGCAGCAGCAACAGCGCCUACAAAACCAGCAGCAGCAGCAACAACACCUGCUGCAGCAGCAGCAACAAACUCAAAAGCAGCAGCAGCAAAUCGGCAGCAGGCAGCACUGCCUGCACGUAAAGCAGCAGCAGCAGCACCAGCAGCAGCAGCAGCAGCAGCAACAGCACCAGCAGCAUCAGCAGCAGCAGCAGCAACAGCAACGAGAGCAGCAGCAGCAGCAGCAGCAACAGCAGCUGCCGCAGCAAAAAACCCAGGAGCAGCAGCAGCAACAAAUCAAGCAGCAGCACCACCGAGAAAAGCAGCAGCAGCAGCAGCAACAGGAACAGCAGCAGCAAAACACGCAGCAGCAGCAGCAGCAACAUCGCCGCAAGCGGCAGCAGCAACAAGAACACGAACAGCAGCAGCAGCAACAGCAGCAGCAGCAGCAGCAACAGCACCAGCAGCAGCAGCAGCAGCAACACGAGCAAGAGCAACGCAAGCAGCAAGUGCAACGCCAGCAGCAGCAGCAACAACAGCAGCACCAGCAGCAGCAGCAGCAGCAGCAAAACACGCAGCAGCAGCACCACCAGCGGCAGCCACAACAGCAGCAGCAGCAGCACCAGCGGCAGCAACAACAGCAGCAGCACCAGCAGCAGCACCAGCAGCAGCACCACCAGCAGCAGCAGCAGCAAAACACGCAGCAGCAGCAGCAGCAGCACCAGCAGCAGCACCAGUGGCAGCAAAAACAGCAGCAGCCCCCGCAGCAGCAGCAGCAGCAACACGAGGAAGAGCAACGCGAACAUUAA